GUCCCGCGCAAAAGGUCGGCGUGGCCGCUCUCACGCUUCUCUCUGAUUUCGUUUAAGUCAUUAUUAGUUAAAUUAAAACAUUGAACGAAGAAAACGUUCUUCUCUUUAUCUCAAUUUAUACGCGACGCUUUUGUUAUCACGAAUUCGCGGGUCUGAAACGGCAAAGAAAUUCCGAGGUGUACAUACAUACAUACGCGGUCGCUUCAUGGGAUACGAUCCAAAUGUAAUCGAACGUAAUGAAAACGAAUGAAAACAAACGUCAACAAGUUGUGAACCGGUCUCUGUUCCAAGAGAUAUCUCGAAUCUCGUUCAAAAAACUCGCACACUUCGAAGUUCGAAUUACUUAAAUUAUAUACAGCACAAUCCGAGUUACGCCACGGGAACGUCCUCGACGGAUUUGGGCACGUUUUCGUUUUUUAAGCGGCCGGAUUCAUUUCGAUGCGAUGGGGAUGCGCGAUACUGGCUCGUGAGACAAAGGCAUCGGCACGCCGUCGGGGAUCUGUCAUGUGAGCGAUGCCACAGCUCGUAGAGAGGAAAACUUUGAAAGAGAAAAGAAAACGUCCGAAAUAUAUAGCCAAACAUGAAGCUCAGUCGCGUGCUGAUGCUUUUACUUAUUAUUACGUUCCUCGUGACCGUAGCAUGCGAAUUGAUAACGUUCGGUAUAGUGGGUGCUUUAAGCGGUUUAGGUUAUUACGCGUACGACAAGUACAAAUGCGCGUACAAGGAGUGCUGCACGGACGAAUACAUUCAUUCCGACUUGGACAGACUAGAAUACAUGCUCACUGCUAAAUUAUUCGGCCAGCAAAUUGCUCGUGAAACGGUCAUAAAUGCACUGAGGGGCCACUUGGAAAGUCACAAUUCGCCCAAGGCAUUGGUCAUGAGUUUUCAUGGCACGCCGGGGACUGGCAAGAACUACGUGGUGCAGAUGAUUGUCAAAAAUAUUUAUAAAAACGGUGUCCAGAGCAAUUAUUACCACUUUUUCAACGGUCGCAAUGAUUUUCCUCUGGAACGAAAAGUAGACGAGUACAAGGAGGAAUUGUACAAAAUUAUUUCCAACGGUCUGCAUCAGUGCGACAGAUCGAUGUUUGUGUUCGACGAGGUCGACAAAAUGCCGGAGGGUCUACUGAACGUGCUGGUGCCUUUUCUCGACUACAACAGCUACCACAAAUCCAGCAAGAACAGCGAGUCCAUGUAUCAGAACAAAGCCAUCUUUAUAUUUCUCUCGAACACCGGCAGCGCCCAGAUAGUGCAGCAUCUCACAAAUCUGUGGGAGAGGGGCAGAAAUCGGGAGGACACGCGAUUGCAGGAUUUUGAAAAACUGAUAGCCGACGGGGCGUUCACCGAGAAGGGCGGUUUCCAUCACAGUGACGCUAUACAGACUAGUGUGAUCGAUCAUUAUGUGCCCUUUCUGCCUCUUGAGGAGGUGCACGUUAGAAAAUGCUUGGCGAGGGCCUUCACCGAGCGAGGGGUCGCUCCGAGGGAGGAGAUGGUAGAGGAGGCGCUGUCGCACUUGACCUUCGGCCCUGAGCCGCUCAAUCUGUACUCAAUGGCCGGCUGUAAGAGGAUAGAGCAGAAAGUUGCCGCUAUUGUGUAUCGUAAACAGUCGGAGUCCAAGACUAUUGAAUUGAGAUAACUGGAGAUACUCGAACUGUUAAUAAAAGUAAUAAGACGAUAGCGUGUAAGCAUUUGUAUAACAUCUUGAUAAGAUCCUUUAUUGAUAGAAUUUCUUAUUGGCACACUCAGAAAAAUAUGUCUAACAAUUAAAAAAA